GGCAAGGACUUUCACUCAUCGAAAUGGCAUUGACCGUUGAUGCCUCUGCGAUGGGAAAAUUUGAGUUUGCAUAUCAGGAUGAUAGCUUCUGCGACAAGGUCCUCCGUUUGGAAGUCGUUGCACCUAGACCUGCUCCCAAACCCGCUGCCGCCAACCUUGAUGCCAGCCUUGGUCCUAACUCUAUCCUUCCGGUCUCCAGGAAGAGGGCACGAGUUGAGGAUGCUAGUUUAGAUGAAUCUUCAGUGACAUUAUAUAAUAAGGAGCUGGAAAAGGAGGGAAUCACUAAACAGACUGGCACAGAUCAUGAUCCAGAUGAUUCAGAUUUGAAUGUAAACAACAAUGAAAAUGUGGAUCCUAACUCUAUCCUUCCGGUCUCCAGGAAGAGGGCACGAGUUGAGGAUGCUAGUUUAGAUGAAUCUUCAGUGACAUUAUGUAAUAAGGAGCUGGAAAAGGAGGGAAUCACUAAACAGACUGGCACAGAUCAUGAUCCAGAUGAUUCAGAUGACAACAAUGAAAAUGUGGACCCAAUAAUCAUCAUGACAAAAGAUAUUAAACUUAAAGUUUCAUCAAUCCUGCUGGCUUCGGAAAGCAUCUAUUUCCGUAAAGCUUUUCUCAAAUGGCAUGAGAGAAUCUGUGGAUCGUGUUGUCCAUCAACAAUUAUCUGAGGAAGAAUUGGAGCCUUUUGAAGAUAUUAUAAAUUUCAUUUACAAGGCCAAGUUCAGUAAAUUGGAUCCAAAGAGCUUGUUGAGCGUUGUCAUGGCUGCUGACAAAUUUGAGGUCAAUCAAGCAAUGAAACAGUCCAUAGAGUUUAUGCUUGAAUCGGAAUUGAAUCUUGAGGCAGCUGUACUUUAUCUGGAGUUUUCUCCAGCUAAUGCUACUGUAGCUCAAGCUUUGGCCCCAGUGAGAGCUGCUUCUGGUCGAUUUCUGACUCAAAUGUUCAAGAACGUGUUUAGCCAUAAGGACGAUCUUCUAGAGUUGCCUCUUUCAGCUAUCUUAGAAAUUUUCAGAAGCAGUGAUUUAAUUGUUCCAAAUGAAGAUUAUGUUUACCUUUUUCUGGUGGAUUGGGUCAAGAAAAAAUAUGAAGAUGAGCACAUGAGGUGUACCGUUUUUAGCAAAGCGUUGGUGUUCCUUAUUCGAUUUAUGCACAUGACGAUCGACCGCCUAAUGGCCUUCUCAAAUUGCCCUCUGAUGCCUAACAAAGUUGAUGUCAAGUCAAUUAUUUCUAGUGCAUUCUUGUUCAAGAUCAAUUGUUCGACAGUGAAGGUAGCUCAUUGGAAUUAUGCCCAGCGGAAUUAUCUGAUUAGGCCAGUCAUUUUGACGAACCUUCUGCCAUACAACGAAUUGUUGGCCUAUUUUGAUCUUCCUCUGGCCGACUUUGCCCGGAUGAGUAAUCCUGCGUGGAGGAGUACAUAUACUGAGGUUUUUGCCUAUGGCGGCUACAGACUCUUUGUGCAGUGCCAAACUACUAUAGAUGCGGUAUCCAAUGCUCCAAGUGCAUUUGGGAUGUUUUUGUGUGCUCAGAAGUCAACUCAGCCUGAAGUCUUGUCUGUGGCCUUCUCAGUAAGGCAAAAACCUGGUGGCGGCUAUGUGGACAAGUUUUCAUUUGACAGCCCCUUCCUUCCGGAUAACAAGUUUGGAGUUGCUGAUUUAUUAUUAACACCCUGGGCUGAGCUUCUUGAUGAGAACAACUUGUUUUUGAUCAAUGGUUGAGUUUAUUUUAGAGUCCGGGUGUCCAUCAGACAGCAAUAGGCUUUUCAGGCCUCCAGGAGAAGGAAGGCGGCCUGCACUUGUCUCUCUUAAAAACCCGUGUCCAGGAGAAGGUCUUCUACUGUGGAUGGAUAGUCUCCUUUUAGACCUGUCGUGUUAUCUGUUUUGUGGAUGGAUGGCUAGUCUUUUUUAGACCUCUCGUGUUAUCUGUUUUGUGGAUGGAUGGAUAGACUUUGUUUCAUUGUCUUGCAUGGGAUGGAAACUUCUUUUUUGAAUGCUGAUGAAUAUGUUCAGCAUGAACAAGCGGUGGUACUUUUGUUGAUUAGAUUGAAGACAUGAUGUUGAAAUCAAUGGCAGUAUGUAUGUUUUGAA